AUGAGUCCGUACGCAAAGAUAUCGUAUGCUUCUAAGCCCGUGUCAGCUACUGCGUACAAAGCUGGACAAGGGGCCACUUUUCUAAAAGACUUUGACGCUGCUGCUGCCCCGGUGGAAAGUGACGGAUUUUGUGAGCGUGAAUUGUCUGCUCUCGGACCUUUACUGAACGCUCAAAGUGACUUAUGCGGCAGUCUCAAGCAAGUCGACACCAAUGUUGGAUUUCUGCUCCAGGUGGAGUUUGUGGAGCCUAGUCCCGUCACUACAAGCUGGUCGUGGUAUUUGGGGUUGCCUUUCCGGCUUGGUAACGGUGCUGUGGUUGUUCUCGAUGGAGUAAUUGUCCAAGAUUUAUUAGGGAAAUCGGGAUACUGGAAAAGUGUAUUGUCGAAAGCAACCCAAGUGGACACGAAAAUUCCGCCAGGCUAUCACGUGCUGAAGAUCUACGGACUCUCAACCAAGUUCGAAACAUCAGCAGUAUACUUCAGUCGAGAGGGAUCAUCACCAGCUAUAGCCUCCGUAACUGCCAUUAUUGGAGAGGUAACAAAGUGGGCUCCCUUUGUCGCUCCUGACCCCACGACAUCGUCUACGCUGACCGCUGAACAAGCGAACAAAGCGAGCAGUGUCGGAAGAGGAGUCUCGGUUCUGCAGUUCCAAAAUGCCCCCGUUGAAGGCCGGUUUGCUCUCCAUCUGGGGUCGGUGUCGACAACAGAUGCCCAAAGCGCCAAGCUUAACACCUCAUCGCUGGUUUCUUUUACCUUUGUACCGACUACCACAUGGGCUAAUGCCAAGGCGAGUCAAACGGCCUUUUCGACGGCAAUAACUUCACAGUGGAGCGUGAUUCCAGGAUUAACCUUGUCUCUUCCCUCGUCGUCAAGCGGGGUUCUUCUUUGCUCGUUCACGGGAAGGUUUUUCGUGGACAAAUGCAUGGCGAAAACGUUUCGUCUUGAUCUCGGAUUCGGGUCGAGCUCUACCCCGCCAGUGUCAAGUUCCCGCUUGGACGAGUCGUUCCUCGAUCCAUCGGGAGUGCCUCUUGAUUUCUCCUACUUUAGUAGCGUUUCUACCGCAAGCACGUUGAAUUUAUCUCUCAGCUACCAAUACCAAGGAACGAAAACAGGGAAGAUUAUUGGCGGCAGAGCUACCGCUGUAUUUAUUCCAGGGGCUUCGCUGACCACAGAUACGAUCAGUGACAGUACGAUUUCCGUGACGGCUACUGUAUUCUCGAAACAAGUAACUGUGUCGUCCUCAAGUACUUUAAUAAUCCGUGUUGCUGGCAUUUUAUGCCGUAAUGCGGCCACCGAGACAUUCCGUGCGCGUAUAUUAAGAAAUGGGGAUCCAAUUUUUGAUGGAGACUUUUCCUCGAUAGUUGGGACAGUAGCAAAUGGAAGUUGCGAGCCUUUGACGAUGCAUUCGAUUGUGGAAGCUGUAGCUGGCUCGCACACAAUUUCGAUUGAUGCAAAGACGGCUACCACGGCAGGAUUCCAGCUCAAAGGAGCUCAGGUGCAGAUAGCUACCGUAGAGAGAGGGGCUCUGCUCUCACAGGAGUUAUGCCAGUCCCGCUGCACUCAACACGGUCUCUGUCGACUAGGUGUGUACAAUACUGUGACGAGGACUUGCAAUCUGUACAUGCUUCGCAACACCUCGUCUAUGGCCACAGACUCAACACGGGUGUCUUUCGUGCGAAACCAAGUAUCAGCUAUCUCGGAAAACGCAUGGACAGUUCUACGCAGCACCAAGUGGUCACUCAGUCAGAAUGUAUCUCUGCAAGCGCAAUGCAAGGGGGACACAUGUGGAACCAGCGUUUGUGCUGAAGCAUACACUCUGAAGGAUCGCUGUCGGUGCAUUUGUCAAUCCAGUAAUAACUGCGUGGGCUUUAUGAAUACGGACGGAACGUGUUAUGGCAUCACUGCAGCAGAUCUUCGCCUAAACUUACAGUCAGGGAAGUACAACGCCUCAGGAGGAAGCACUGUUCACCUGAACAUGCCUCAGACUUGUCACGCCAUCAAGGCCGACGCAUCGAAUGCAACGAGUGGACGGUAUGCCAUUGCCACGAGUACAGGAAUCUUUGAUGCGUUCUGCAACAUGACUGCUGAUAGUGGCGAGGGCUACACGGUUGUUCCGUGCGACUUGGGUACGAGUGACAUCGACUGUCGAAGCACGGCGGGUCCGAAAGACAGCGAUACCUGUAAGGCAAUGGGUCUUCGACAAAUUGUGCCGCGUUCAUCAGGACAUUUAGUAUCGAUGCACCGCAAAUUUGGCUCGUUAUUUUUCGCUACUGUUCCUGGCGUGACGAAUGCCUACGUCGGCGAUACUGUGGAUUUGCCAAGUGACGAAGAUACCGUGCUGGAUUGGACUGCCAUCGAUGGUGGCAAGUGGUGGCUACGUGAUAACGGAAGCAGUUGUGAUGUCGUGUCCCCCGCGAAUGCUCCAGACGAACGAAGAUGGCUAGGGAUGCAUGCUUCGUCCAAUGGACAGAGCGUAUUAGAUGGUCUCAGCUUAAGUUUCGAUCCGCGAGGCUUAGCGACGACAAAAUACCUGUGCUCAACCAACGAUGUUAGCCCGUCCAUGUCAUGGAGCUUUGUUCUUCAAGACUCCUUCAUCGGAAGUGGCGACGACAAUCUGUGGGCUACGUCGUGGAGCAAUACCGAUAAAUGGUACCAACUUUGCCAAGGGAUUGUUCUUCUUGGUGGAAAGUCAUUUGCACGCGCCGGCUCAUUUGUAAGCAAGAAAGUGGCUCAGAUCAGUGCGAGCGACAAACCGACGAACGUGCGGAUCAAGUUUACGUACUACUUUGUGUUCGAUCCGCUCUACUGGGUCACGCUUCUUCUCAAAAGCUCAGAACCCAAAACUAUUCGUGUGUAUCUCGGUUCCCAACUGGUUCGACAAGUGCAAGUUGACACAUCGGUGACGUAUGCUUGCUAUGGACAGAGCUCUACCACAGCCGGACAAGCGUACUUCUACAGGGGCAGAGAGCGCUUUGUACUUCGUGGCUUUAUUGGAGAUGCCACGCAACUUCGGUUUGACAUUGAUUUCGGAUCCUUAACCAUUAGUGCGUUUGGAAUUGACGAAGUGUCGAUGGAGCUGGAGUAUGCUUUCAAAACGCCGCUGGGAUUAUCGACGGCAACCCCAGCCGUGUCGUGUAUGCACCUGAAAACUGAGCGCCUGUCAAAUGGAGAUCCCAAUCCAGACGGCCAGUACUACAUCCAGCUAGAUCCCAACGUCGAUCCUGUAAGUCUUCCGUGUUCAGAUGGCUGGAUAGUGGCGCAGCGACGUAUUAAUGGGAAGACAAGCUUUAAUCGCAAUUGGAACGAAUACCGCGAUGGAUUCGGCUUGGGCUCCACUAGUGAAUGGUGGGUAGGGAACAACAUUCUUGCGACAAUUACAGCACGAGCUACUGAAGCGAUGAUCGUGGUAUCGAAGGACUAUCAAUCUCUGGCUGCGCUAUACAGCGACUUUCGAGUUGCUAGCGAGAACGAGAAGUACCUCUUGACAGUGCGUGGCUACAAUGCUACUGCAAGUUAUGCCACCGACGCCUUAACAUCCCUCUCGAACACGUAUUUCAGCACACCCGACCAGGACAAUGACCUGUCUGCGAGUCAGAACUGCGCCAAGAAAAGUCGAAGCGGAUUCUGGUACGCUGACUGCCUCAGCUCGACAAGAUCGGAUCUAAACGCGCCGUUCGACAUGCUUCCCAUUUGCUCGUCCUACUCUGCGUGGGCACAGAGCUGGUGCCAGAAGAGCGGUAGUAUUGUAUGGAACAAUGUCGAUGGGUAUGAUUCCUCCACGCUUUUGUUACGACCCGAUAGGUGCCCCCCGGGUUAUGUGGCAUCCAAGAGUGGAGAGUGCUCUCAAUGUCCUGCGGGUACUUAUUCAGAGCCACGUUCACAGAGCUGCAAUGCCUGUCCGGCUGGAUCAUACGGCCCCUCAGUUGGAGCUUCAGAUAGCGCUGCGUGUCUUUCUUGUCCACCGGGAUUCAAGUGCUCAAGCAGCUCGACAGCACCGACAAAAUGUGUAGCAGGCACAUUCGCUGACGCUGGAUCGAGCGAAUGCCUCAAUGUACCGGAGGGAUACGCUGGUCCAUUUGAUCAAAUGUCUCGAAUGGAUCUUUUAUCGUGCUCAAAUGGAACGUACUCGAAGCCAGGACAGCUAAACUGUAGUGCUGUUCCAGCUGGGUUCUACUGUUCGCAAAGUAGCGUUCCGUGUGGUUAUACCUCGUUAGCACCGUGCUCUUCGAGAAGCGUGUACUGCCCACAAGGGAAUUCUGGUCCGACAAUCGUCCCACCUGGUUACUACUCUAUUGGUUCUUUGACAAACGAGCAGCAAUCUGCAAUAUCACUGUGCCCCAGAGGAUCCUACUGCCGGAGAGGUAUAGCGUAUCAGUGUCCUCCGACACGAUUCGGAGACCAAACCGGCCUGGUCAGCCCGCUUUGUUCGGGUCGAUGUGCCAUUGGGUGCGUCUGCAAAGCUGGGAGUAUCAGUCGAUGUCCAGAUGCUCCAAGUGGCGUAAGCCAAGUCGCGUUGACUCCGGCGUCCAUAUCUUACCUACUAGCGCCUCUAUCGAAGCAGCCUGGCGAGACGAACGACUCAUUUAUUCAAGGUGUUGUGUCUGCCAUGAACAGCGGGGCGGCUGUUUCAACUGACAUUUUCGAGUUUCGAGACGUCAACUUGACAUUUUUCAGGACGGGCUGGUCUUCUGGAUUCGCGCACAACAUCAGUAUCUCGUAUUUCGAGCAGUCUCAAGUUAAUCCCAAGUAUGAGUUCCAAAUGCCAGUCGCUGGCUUCGAUUGGGGUGCCAUCGUACUGUUGGAUGGGGCUGUUGUGGUCCCGCGAUCAAAGAAUGGCUCUCUUGCGUUUUCAUUCGUGUCGUCGUGGGGUCAACAUGUCGUGUCCAUCAUCGCAGCCGAGUCGCAGUUUGUCGUGAAAAGGUCACUUCUCUUUCGUAAAACCUCCGACACAAGCUUUAGCACGUUACGAUGUGACCGGCUGGACGGACAAGCUAUCUCAUUGCAGAUUGACAUCAAUUUGUGCGCCGCUACUGCUCCGACUUGUAAAAGUACUGCGAGUAUUAACGGAGAAGUGGCGAGAAAUCUUGCUCAGACCACAAACUCGGUGGAUAUUUUGGUGUAUUCUGGAACGGGCAUUCAAAGCUCAGUGAUAAGUGCUGACGCGUCCUCAACUGCUACGUAUAUGCCGACAUUGUCCGCGAUGGAUACGGGUGGAGUUGCGAUUCUAAUUGGCACAAAACUGGGGGUGUUUCCAUCGACUUUACGGACCUGGAUCAAAGGAUUUGGGAUCUCGCAGACUGCAAUUGAUUCUGCAACUUCUGGGUUUGUUUUCGUGGUGGUUAAUGAUAAUAUCACACCUGUCACGUUUGACGUGGUAGUACCUGGAUCGAGUUACAGCCUUCAGCUGGUAUUGCCGCUCUCACAAGCCAGCGCUUACUACGGCUUAACCAACGUUCCGUCGGGCUACUAUGCUCUUCCUGAGAAUGCCCCAGAUGGUCGACGAUGCGAGCUUAAGAAAUGUCCACCAGGAUACAGUUGCUCAGGUGGGGUCCGCACACUUUCGUAUGUCUUUCCUGCUUCGGUUUGUGUGGGCAAGAAGCACACUCUGAACGUUAGCGAAAAUGACGCCGGAUUUGUUUCAAGCGUCAGUUUUAGUCUGGAUGUCUCUCCUGCUGGCAUGACGUACCAACUCAAAGCUCCAGUGGACGGUGUAUUCACGUUGGACAACCAAAACCGCGUAAAACUUCAGAAAGCACUCGAUUACGAAGCUCGCACCGCCUAUGAUUUGACGCUGCUGCUACAAGAAGCCCAAGCUACUGCGCUAUACGCAGCAUGCCAGAUCCGUGUGAACGUUGUAGACGUCAACGAAGCUCCUGUUGUGACCAAUUGCCAAGUGUCUCGUGUUAUCAAAGAGAAUGCUCUUCCUCCCGUCUUACUGGCAGCAGCUUUAGGUGUGAUGGAUCCUGAUACGUACGACUCGUUCACAUUGGCGAUUGCUAGCGGUGGGAAUGGCAACUUUGUGAUCAACCGAGAAGGGUUUAUUGUGGCCACUAAGUCUUUAGAUUUCGAGACAACACCUCAGUUCGUAUUGGACGUUGUUGCCAAGGAUCUAGGCGGAUUAGAAAGCCACGCUAGCGUUGUGAUUACCGUCCAAGAUGUCCCAGAGCCGCCACUUUGUGCUGCUUUCUCGUUCAGCGUUGCAGAGAAUACUGCGGUUGGGACGAGUAUUGGAGCUUUAUAUGCCCACACUUCGGAUCCUGACGCCGGAGACUCUUUAUUGUAUCGACUAGUUUCUCAAAGCGUUCCGGGGACUUUAACUAUCGACGCAUCCACUGGUGCGAUGACCUUACGUAAAGCGCUCAACUACGAAGUUCUGGAUACCAUUCCCUUCAAAGUACAAUUUAUGGAUAAGACGGGGCUUCAAGCUAUGUGCGACUACACUAUCGCUGUCACGGACUCCAACGAUGCCCCCGUUUUGACGAGUACGGUCUUCCGUGUUCCGGAGAAUUGCGUCGGGAAUGAUUGUUUAGUUGGAGAUCUGGCGAAGUUCGCGUUUGACGAGGACAAGGGAGCAGUCCUCACGUUCACUCUGCGCUCAGGCAGCGAUACGUUUUCAAUCCAGGGCUCUCAAUUAUGGGCAGUCGGGACUGUAAACUUUGAAAUGACUCCUGUGCUCAAAGUUACUGUUGCGGUUGACGACGAAAGACUCGGUCACGACGAGGCUGCGAUGACAGUGCAAGUUAUCGACGUGAAUGAAGCCCCUACCGGCAAGGUUUUCUCUAAAAAAGUUCUCGAAAAUAUCCCAAUAGGAACUGUAGUUUACACGUUCGAGGCUAGUGACCCUGAGGGAGACCACCUUGUAUUUUCGAUCGUGCGCGCGGAUACCGGAUUCGAGAGUUUGUUUGGCGUUGCAGGCGGGAACCUCGUGACGAAAGCGGACAUCGACUACGAAGCCUUGUCCGCUCACUCGUUUCGGACUCAUAUCCGUAUUUGCGAUCCGCUCAAGCUGUGCACGGAGGUGGGGCCUAACACGAUUGAAAUUCUGGAUGGCCCAGACGCACCAAUCAUCGAAACAGCAGCAACGACGGUCUCGAUUGCAGAAAGCGCCAGUGUUGGAUCCGCUGUGGGAGCUUCGUUCACAGUUUUGGAUGAAGACGUGGGUCAAAGUGCGCAGCUUGUAUACGCGAUUCACUCAGGAGAUCCACAGAACCAGUUCUCAAUAUCCGGAUCGACAGGAGCAUUGACAGUGAGCUCUUCGCUGAAUGCUGAGGUCGUGAGCGAGUACAAAAUAGUCAUGCAAGCUACUGAUACUGAUGGGUUGAUUGGGUAUUCAGACCCGAUAACAAUUGCCGUGCAAAUGGUUCCUUCACCGCCUUAUUUCGUUGGAACGACGGCUGCGAAGUCCAAUUACAACAGAUCCGGGCCAAACUGGGGGAGUCUGCUCGAUUACUACAGCGAAUGA